ACACGAGUAUGAUACCCAGGCCCUGUAAAAUUACAACUAGGUGAACUAGGUGAAUACACACACACACACGGAGUGGAGCCAUUGAACAGGACGCACGUAUCUGAGCAGCUCACAGAGAUUACUACAAAAGGACUUGGACUCAGUCCCAGACGUAUGUAUAGGGGGAGAGGGGGCCAUAGGUUCUCCUAUCUCCAAGUGAAAUAAGUGUUAGAUCACAUAUAGCUAAGAAAUUAAUAACGAGAGAGAGAUGGAACCAAGUAGCACUGCCAGGUGCAUGGCAGAACCAAAACAUAUGCCAAGUGAAAACCAAUGCUUUAUAGAAACCCCUAUUGGUUUAAGGAAACUGACUGAAGAUACUAUGGAAAAGGAUUUCUCGGGUUUCCGGGACGAACGAGGUAAUGUGAGAAGGCUUAUUAAUGUAGAAAGAAUAUUAGAAUAUAUGAAGGAGGUGAUGUCCAGUCUCAUGGACAAACAAGACUGACUGCAAUCGGAAAACACAGCCCUGAAAUUGAGAGUAGCUGAAUGUGAAGGCUAGAACAUUGCCCGAAACACUGCUCGACGCAUGAAGGAAGCAUGUCUCGAACUUUGUCACAGACGUGUUCGAGGCACUAGUGUCCACAUCAUGUUGGCAGCUCUGCCUGUGACAUGUUGGUAUCGCUGGUGUGGACGAGGCUACGAGCUGCUGACAUGUAUCAUCCACACCAGUCAAGCGACGGCAGUGCAUGGUAUGGUUGGACAAUGGAGUGGACCAAGGAGCAGAAAUUCAUGUUGAUUGAACUGUAUCAGUCACACCCAGUGUUAUGGGAUCCAACAGAUCCAACAUACAAGAACAAAGUGAAAAAAUUAGAUGCUUGGAGAAGCAUCUCACAGGCACUGGCAGUAGAACGAGCUGAGGUAGAAAAGAAGAUGAAGACUUUGAUUGGCCAGUUCCGGAGGGAGCAGAAAAAAAGGAAUGCGAAGUCUGGAGCUGGAACGGGUGAUGCAUAUAUAAGCACGUGGUUUGCAUUUAAGAGCAUGAAGUUCCUGCUAACUAGAAACAGACCACAUCCUACAAACGACUGUGGUAUCAGGGUAAGCAGUAGCGCAUCUUCCCUCGUCGCCAUGGUGCUGGGUAGUGACUGAGGCAAGUGUGGACCACUUCACUAUUUCACCUAUGUUUCCAGCAUAACAUAACAUAACAUAACAUAAAUAAUAGG